AUGUCUGAUAACACAAUUGCGGCUCAGUACUGGCGCUUGCCGCCCAUCUCUCGUACUCUGGCCACGUGGAUGUUUAUCAGCUCGGUCGGUCUAUACUUUGGAUUCAUCCCUAGUCAGUGGUUGGGAUACCACUCGGGGUACAUCCUGCGGUUCCCGCCGCAAAUAUGGCGCCUCGCGACGGGCUUCCUCAUCACGGGGCCCCAGCUCGGCCUGCUGUUUGACACGUUCUUCUUCUACAAGGCGGCCAGUGACCUCGAGACCGGCCAUCCGCGGCUGCGACGCAAAGAGGACUUCAUUUGGUAUCUCAUUUGCGUAUGCAGCUUCAUCGCGAUCAUUGAUUAUUUUGUCGCCAUUAUGCCCUUCUUUGCCCUGACGCGGGGCCUCAUCGUCGCCCUGACCUAUACAGCCACCCAACAGCAACAAGGCUUGCAGGUGAACUAUAUGUUUGUUCCCUUGCCUGCGCCACUGAUGCCGUAUGCCAUGAUUGGCAUUAGCCUGCUGUUCCCUGGCGGCAUCCAAGAUUUUUUCCUCGGCAUUUACGGUCUCGUGGCCGCCCACCUGUACGAGUUUCUCACGAGAAUCUACCCCCAGCUUGGAGGUGGUUCCAACCUGCUCAAGACGCCCCAGUUCAUGACCAGCCUGGUCAGGGCCGUAGAGGGCCGUGUCGAGGCCAUCUCCCGCCCCGGCGUUGCGGGCGCUAGUAAUUACGCGACAGGUAGCACGACGGGCUCUCAGUCCGGCCCGCUCCCAGAUGCCUGGAGGACGAGAGGUGCAGGACGCCGUCUCGGUUAA